UUUUUUAAUAAAGACCUCGGGACUUUUGUACUUGUACAAUGAUUCCGUUCUGAACGGAAGGAAGAGAUGUAGAAAUUUUGAAAUAAAAGAUAAAGAGAGAUAGGCACGAAAUUCAGCGAAAUAGCGCUUCAACAACUCCGAGUGUAAUCCAGGCUGGAAAUCUACGUGCAAUUAGCGGCGCCGCUCAUCCUGCUUCGUCUACAAUUACGGCUAUGUAUCUCGGCUGCAUCGCGUCGAGCUUCUUUCGCUAUUUCGCAGCCGCGCGUUUGCGCGGCAUCGAUCCGCGACAACGCGCGGUCCGCGUCUCAUCGGCGAGCGUUGCGUCGUGCCAGUUCGUCGGCGGAUGUCCCUCGGAGGAGCCGCCCUUUGCGCCUGUAAUAUGGAACAUCGUUCCACGGUUCUCGAUCGACGAGGAGAUCGGGGAACAACCGAGACAGGAAAGCGAUGCGCAGCCUCGCUCGCAAGCUGCUAGUAUGGCCGACGCUGGUGCUGUCCCUCCUGGUAGCCGGUCGUUUGCUGUUCGGCCGUGACCUUCGAUUGCCAACGUCAACGCUCGUUUUUCGGAAUGACGGUGGUGUCCCGACGUUGGAUAAUAGUCAUACGAAUUCGCAGCAGGACCACUCCGCCGCAGCACCAGGACCACCCGCUUAUGCGGCAGGCAUGUACAUGGCGGGUCAGCAACCCCGCAACGAAAGUGCCUGCAAGUGGUAUUACGGCCUGCCGGAUAUUCUCUCCUAUCCAUCAUCUAGGCUCAUCUGGAGCCCCGAGCUCGGCGAGAAGAGUCCGUACAGGGUUCUGCCAUUCGUGUUGCAUGGUGCCGCCGAAGAGACAGACAGGUUGCCCCAAGUCACGCUGUCCACACAUGCCACCGCCGAUCAGGUUUACGGGAUCGUGGAGCUGGCCAGAAGGUGGGAGGGACCGCUCAGCUUGGCGGUGUUCGCGCCAGGCCUCGACGCCGGCCUCGCUGUCGCUCAGCUUGAUCGGGCCUGUCGGUGCGAGCCUGCCAUGUACAAGGUUUCCGUCCACCUGGUAUUUCCGGCCGGUCGACCGCCCGCUCUGGGCGCGAUCGGCCAUACCCAGGGUGAUUGCGCCGCUUCCGAUCUCCAGUGGCGACAGGCCGAAACCGAGAGGCGGAAGAGGAGCAUGACAUAUCCCAUCAACGUCGCCCGGAACGUCGCGAGAACAGUGGCGAACACGUCGCGCGUGAUGGUGUCGGACAUCGAGCUGCUGCCGAGCGCGCGGCUGGCUUCCGGCUUCAUGGAGAUGGUACACCAAAGGCCGCCCAAGAUCGGCGUGGUCUUCGUCGUACCCGUGUUCGAAAUAGAAUCCAAUGAACCGCCGCCGACGACGAAGCGCGAGCUGCUCGCCGCCUGCCGAGCCGGUCUGGCGGUAUAUUUUCAUAGGUUCCUCUGUCCGCACUGCCAGCGAUUUCCCGGCCUGACCAGGUGGCUAAUCCGACCGGACCCAGGCAGGAUCCGACCGUUGAUUGUCACCAAAAGGGAAUAUCCGCAUCACAGAUGGGAACCGGUCUUUGUCGGCACGCGCGAUGACCCACUCUACACGGAGGAGAUGUCCUGGGAGGGCAAGCAGGACAAAAUGGCCCAGAUGUUCGAGAUGUGUCUUCUGAAUUAUCGUCUGGUCGUGCUGGAUGGUGCCUUUUUAGUGCAUACCCCGGGAAUCAAACGGAAAGCGCGCAAAGCCAGCACGGUCACGCAGGAGUUCUUCCGGCCGCACGAGAGAAGAAACGCGAGGAUCUAUCAGCGCGUAAUAAAGCAUCUCAUUAAACGAUAUCCGAUCAACCGUAGAUGUGCGCAGUAAGAUCUUCGGGAUUUCGGCACAAUUGCGUAACUCUUCCUAGAAAAAAAAAAAAAGAAGAGAGAGAGAUAAAGAGGGACCGCUUUGACACUCACGGUGCCUGUAUCCGUAUACAAUAGGAAAAUAUUUUUCGGUGACGUCAGAUUUUACAUUAGACUUAGGAGAGGUUGCGUAUUAGCACCUUCGUCGCUUUUUCACCGCGAAAAUAAAGGCUCUUUUUACU